AUGGGGAACUGCCAGGCGGCGGAAGCGGCGACGGUGUUGAUACAGCACCCGGGUGGGAAGGUGCAGAGGAUGUACUGGGCGGUCGCCGCCAGCGAGGUGAUGAGUGCUAACCCGGGGCACUACGUCGCAGUGAUGUUGACCGCCCCACCCCCCGCAGCAGCCGCCGGGAACGGGCCGUCUACGACGGUGAGGCACCUGAAGCUGCUUCGCCCCGACGACACCCUCCGCGUCGGUCACGUCUACGGUCUCAUCAGCUUCGAGGGUCCUCACUUUGCCCCACGCCGUAGUUAAUCACCCGCUGGUUGAUGUUCCUGAGUCGCUUGUUUCUGGACCCUGACGUCGUCGCUGGUUUCCAUUUUCUCAGAGGUGUUGAAGGAACUCGCUUCCAAGAAUCACGCGAAGUUGAGCAAGCUACGUCUGGCGCAGCAGCAGGGGCAGGAGAAGAUGAAGGAGAAGGAUAUGGAGAAGACGACGGGCCGCGGCCGUGGGAGACGACGCGUUCCUUUCUCCUCAGAAAGGGGAGAACGAAGCUGGCGUUCCCCGCAGUCAGAUGGAUUCCCGGCUCCGGUAAGCGCUCGUGAGAGUCCGACCAGGCAUACCCCUCUCCCCCUCAGAGUCCGACCGUCCACGCUGCGCUGGUUACGUCCCGUAAAAUCUGCAUUGCUUUACGGGAUAUCGUAGCUUCCCACUGCUCAUUUUGUCGCUCGUAACGCCAACUUCGUUCUCCCGUUUCGGCUAUUUUAAAAGUAUGGAAAUUGGAAGAUUUGUUUAUUCGUUCGUUUUCUUCCCUCCUGAAUUCUGCUUCUCCGCGCCUGGUCUUCCAUUCUGCCAGUUCUAAUACUGCCAUGAAUGUCAUUCUUUCCUCGCCGGAGCAGCCGUCGAGGCAGUCAGAUGGCCAAUCGCCGUUCUCUUUUCGGGUUGCGUGUUCUACAGCGUAUUACGUGGAUUCCUCUGACCUUUCUUCUUGCAGGCGGAGCAGCAGCCGCGGCGGCAGCAGCCGGAGGAAGACGAUGCGCACGCCGAUACGAUGGCUGGUGGGAGCAUCACUGCCGGCUACGGCAGCAGCAGGUUUGGAGGUGCCCCCACGAGGCACGGGCAUUGGAGGCCAUCUCUGCAGAGCAUCGCAGAGGUCGGAGGGAUGUGA